AUGACCAUUGGUUUUUGUCUAUUUUCAGCUGAUUUAGAUGGUAAUGAUUGUAUAAGUUUACCAUGUCAAAAUGGUGGUACAUGUCAAGAUGGUAUCAAUACAUAUACAUGUCUUUGUCCUCAUAAUUUUAAUGGAACCAACUGCCAAACAGAUCUCAGUAAGUUAUACAUUUUCUCAUAUAAUUAA